UUUCCUUCCUUAUUGCUCUUACACGCCACGCACACACGCACUGGACGCUGGCAGUCGACUCCUUUCUCCUGUAUCUUACUGUCACCACCACCCCACCUCUCUCCCCCCUCGGAGCGACUCCCCCCGCCCUCCUCCUACGACGCUAGAGGAGACGAUGACCCUCUUCCAUCUCCUCAAACGCAAGACAGACACAGCGUCCCCCUCAGUCCACAGCACCGACCUCCCAUCCCCGUCCGCCACCGCGUACACUCACCCCACCUCCCCAACAACAUCCGCCCGCCCCCCGCGCAGUUCCAUCCCCCUCCCCAACCCCACUUCGGGCAAACGUCCUCCUCCUCCGAAGUUGCUCGACCUCCCCCCGCCGCCGGUCUUGUACGGGGAGACAAAGCGCCCUGGGAGCCCGUUUCGGAGAGCGUUCGCUGCUGCUGCGAUUGGGGUUGGGGGGCCGGGGACGCAGGGGACUCCUAGGUCGGGGACGGGUGAUAAUGGGCAUGACGGAAUAAGAGAAGGGGAGAGGGAGAGGAGGGAGUUGAGGAUGAGGACUGCGGGCAGGUCGGGCGAGCGA